AUGCAAAGGGAGCCGCUCAAAGCAAUAACGAGCAGUUAUAACACCGCGUCAACCAACUGCCUUUCGGCAGUGGCAGGAGUUCUCCCGCUAGACCUCGAGGUCAGGAGGGUAGCGCAGAAAUGCAAGAUGCGAGCCGGAGAAAUAACAAACGAACAAUAUGAACAAGGGCUCAGAACGCUCACAGAGGAGUGGCAAGCCAGAUAUGAAGCCGUGGACAAGGGUGAAUGGACCAAGUUCAUGAUCCCGGACGUGGCAGCACGGUGUGGACUGCCACUGGAGUUAGACCACUACACAACCCAGUUUUUGACCGGACAUGGAGACUUCCGCAGCGAGCUCUACAGUUUUAAGCUCCAGAACAAUCCCAACUGUGUCUGUGGAAACGGGGCAGAGACAGUAAGGCAUGUGCUCAUGACAUGUACAAGGACACAAAGGUUCCGCGAAGAGCUCAUGACAACUUUGAGAAGUGAAGGGGUGGACUGGCCCCCGGAAAAAGGCGCCUUCCUCAGUACCAGGAAAACGUUUAAGGCACUCAAAAAGUUUAGCAAAAACAGUCUGCAGAAUAGAACGGAUAGGUAG